UGGGGUGUGUGAAGGUGCAUAAAUAGGCAGUAGGCACAGCAGCAUUCACACUGCAGCCGGAUCACCUUCACACCCUGGCAGGCGUCUGGGCCAGGACACCAGGAGCAGCCAUGGAGAAGAGUUAUGUGUCUGUGUUCCUGCUGCUCGUUGCCAUCUCCUGUGCUCUGGCAGCAAAGGAUGCGGGCAAGAAGGAGACCAAGGAGACAAAGGAGACUACUGCCAAACCGAAACUGCCUCAGACACUUUCCAGAGGCUGGGGAGACCAGCUCAUCUGGACACAGACGUACGAGGAAGCCCUUUUCCGCGCCAAGCACAGCAACAAGCCACUGAUGAUUAUCCACCACUUGGACGACUGCCCGCACAGCCAAGCCCUCAAGAAGGCCUUUGCUGAAAGUAAAGAUAUACAGAAACUGGCUGAACAAUUCAUUCUCCUGAACCUUGUGUAUGAAACCACAGACAAGAAUCUUUCCCCUGAUGGCCAGUACGUCCCUCGGAUUUUGUUCAUAGAUCCUUCCCUGACUGUGAGAGCAGAUAUCACUGGAAGAUACUCAAAUCGCCUCUACGCAUAUGAGCCCUCUGACAUUUCGUUGUUGUAUUCAAAUAUGCAGAAAGCGCAGAAGCUCCUGAAGACUGAACUGUAAGGGGAAGAAGGAAAGCCCUUAAAUACUAUGAAGUCUGAUCUUCAACCUCUUCUCCACUCAUUGAAACUGGUGAAGAGCCUAUUUAGAGCGAUAUUUAGUAAUGUGUAGUGCUGGUUUAUAUACACAAACACUACAGUUUUACAUUAGCACUUUUGUACUAGGCAGCAUAUUUAAAAGCUGGAGGCUUUUAAUUUAAGGCGUACAGAAGAAUUUGUAUGAUCCAACUGUAAAAAAUGAUUUUUUAAGAAAUAAAUCCAUUUCCAGUGUUUACAUACAAAA